UCACAGAUAUUACUUUAUAACAACAAAGUAAUUGUCCUGCUUUUAUAGUGGGUCUCUGUCCUCUGUAAUAUCUAAAUACAUAAUGACAACGACACAUUGGUGUUGGCAAUAGACGGAUAAGGCUCCAGUAUGACAUCAAGGCUACUUCCCACGCUCCGCGUCCUAGAAAGCCCCGCAAACGAGAUGAAGAUGCUGGCUCAACCAGCAGGAGCACGGAGGCGGCUGGAGCUAAACUCACUGACUGAGCUGAGAGGAGUAGACGUGGUCCGUGGUCGGACAGGAUAUGGGUUUACCAUAUCAGGAAGAGGCCCGUGCCUCCUGAGCGGUAUUCUGGAAGGUAGCCCCGCAGACGAGGUGGGACUCAAGCAGGGGGAUCGCAUCAUGAGUGUCAACGGAACCGACGUGUCUAAGGCGUCCCACGAGGCUGUAGUGCAGUUGAUUGGCACCUGUAAAGGUCCCCUGCGCUUGGUUGUGCUCGUCAGGCCCCAGUUGGAGUCCAUUGGCAGUGAUGAGGACUUCGGCAGUGCAGACACAAAAGGGCUUUCCCCGAAGAGGCCUGUGUCAGAGCCUGACAUGUCCCACUGGGCGCAAACCUGGAACUCCACGCCGCGACCUCAUCGCGAGGAGGAGACGCCUCGAGGCGGGGACACCAACUGUGCUUUCACUGACCCGGAUGAUGCCGACGCAGACUGGAGUAUUUUAAACAUGCUCGUGGUGGUUGGUUACUUGGGCUCUACUGAACUGGCCCUGAACAUGACAGACUCCGAGGACGCCUGCCUUCAGGUCAUCCGUGGACGGAUACGACAGUUGGGGACAGAGCAGGACACCCACAAGCUGGUUUUGAUGAAGAUUAUGUUUGACUGCAUUCGCCUCUGCGACGACGCCGGAGCCGUGCUGGCAGCUUUCCCGGCUGAGAACCUCAUCUUGGGGUCGGUGUGUGCUGAAGACAGGCGUUUCUUCUGCCUGGUCACCACGGCCAACAUCACCAACGGCCAUAUCCUGGAGAACGGUCCUGUGAAGGCGUCAUGUCAUGUCUUUUUUAUCGACCCCGACUUAGGCCACCAUGGUUUACAUCUGGGUGUUGCCGGCCGGUUCGGCUUUGACUGCACGCCAGACCCAGAUGUCCUUGGUUGCCUGGAGUUUCCCCAAACCCCUCCAUCCAUCCUCCAUUUUGUGUCGGUCCUGUACAGCGACAUGGGGGCAGCUGUGGAGAAGCUGAGGGCCAGACUAGACCAGGAAGCUCACCAGCAGACCCAGAAUGAUGGCCGUGGCAGCAAGAAGGGCAGCGGCAGCAGCAAUGGAGACAGUGGGAUCGGCAACGCCUCCCCCCCUGAGGAGAGAGCGGACAGGGAUUUCCCCGUUGCCCCCAGAAACGACCCCGGGGGUCAUCUCCCCAGCUGUCCCUGGGAUUACCUUUCUGGCGAAGAGCCUUCCAGACCCAUGCAAAAUGGCCAUCACCUUAAUCCAGGAAGUAGCUUACGUUCUCUUUCAGAAUCUCUACCGGGCCCUGAUUCCCUAACCAGUCUGUAUGGAGGUCCCCCACCCAGGCUUGAGUUCCAGUUCAAGCCCCCACCUCCUCCAGUGCCUCUGGGUAAAAAGCAGAACUUCCUCGUAGGCCCACUCCGAAGUAGCCAAAAAUGGUUCUCCGUCAAGCAGAGGUGGCCAAAGGGGCGUAAUGGAGACCCAGAAGUUCAGGCUGUCUCUACCCAGAGCUGGUCAGGCUGUAGCAGCAACAUUCCACCCCCCAUGUACCAAAUACCUGCAGACAGGUACCAGUCAGCUGAGGCCAUGGCCAUCAUGAUGCUGCCCCCAAGACAGGUCCCUCAGAGGGGGGAGUGGACCAAAAGAGUCUUCAAUGGAGAACAGCAGAGUGGAAAGUACCGGAAGGAUGGGAAUAUGAAGAACUCCAGAUUCUGGGGCAUUGGGGUCGGCCGUGCUUCUGCCCGACGCUCCUUUGGGAACAAGCGGAUGAGCCUGGCACGAUCGUUGGACGACCUCGAAUCUGCCGCUUCCUCCGAUGGUGACUACGGUGGCGGUGUGCAGCUGCAGGGGUGCUGCAGUCAGAGCAGCCUGAACAGUAACGGGAGUCUGCCGGGCGCGGGCGCCCACCGCAGGCUGUCGGAGCGCCGCGUGGCCAGUUGGGCGGCCUGCUUUGAACGCCUGCUCCAGGACCCCCUGGGGGUCCGGUACUUCUCGGAAUUCCUCAAGAAGGAAUUCAGUGAGGAGAAUAUCCUGUUCUGGCAGGCCUGCGAAUACUUCAGUCAUGUACCUGCGACAGACAAAAAGCAGCUCUCCCAGAGGGCAGGGGAGAUCUACAACAGCUUCUUGUCCAGCAAGGCCACAACGCCAGUCAACAUCGACAGCCAGGCCCAGCUGGCGGAUGACGUCCUCACCUCCCCGUGGCCAGACAUGUUCAUGACUCAGCAGCUUCAGAUCUUUAACCUGAUGAAGUUCGACAGCUACUCCAGGUUCCUCAAGUCCUCGCUGUACCAGGAGUGUAUGCUGUCUGAGGUGGAGGGCCGCUCGCUGCCCGACCCUUACCAGAUCCCCUGCAGCCCCGCCCCCUCCAAGCACAGCGCCAGCUCCGAUCGAUCAAACCUCUCCACGCCUAAAAAGGACGGCAGGAAGCACCGGUCGGGAAGGUCUCUGACGGAGGACUCCAAAGACGAGAGCGCCGAUAAGAAACGAGGCAUCUUCUUCUCCUGGUCGAGGAACAGGAGCUUUGGGAAGGGACCCAAGAAGAAGGACAUUGGGGAAAUCAAUCUAGACUUCUGGGGUAGUAACGGCAGGAGGGAAUCACAGGGCUCCCUUUCGUCAGGAGCCAGCAUGGAGCUGGCCACCUCCCUCUCAGCGGGCAAGAUCGAGCCUGACAACCGUCACUCGAUGGCGUCGUGGGACCGGGUCAGGGAGUGCCCGGCCAAGCACUGCAGCGUGACCCUGUCGGACGGCUCCUGCUCCUCGGUGGCCCUGCGGCCCGGGUCCUCCAUCAGGGAGGUGCUCCAGGACCUCUGCCACAGCCUGCACAUCAACAUGGCCGCCGUCGACCUCUUCCUGGUCGGAGGGGAGAAGCCCCUGGUGUUGGAUCAAGACUGCAUGACGCUCAGCUCCCGAGAACUCAGACUGGAGAGACGCACCUUGUUUAGAUUGGAUCUGGUUCCCAUUAACCGCUCCGUGGGCCUGAAAGCCAAACCUACCAAACCAGUCACCGAGGUCCUGCGCCCCGUCGUGGCGAAAUACGGCCUGCACCUCAGCGAUCUGGUCGCCACAAUAAGUGGAGAAACACAGCCGCUAGACCUCGGGGCUCCUAUCUCCAGCCUGGACGGCCUGCGAGUGGUGCUGGACAAGGCCGAGACAGCCUCAGGCAAAGACAAGUCAAAGACGGGCUCCUCAAAAAGCCAUGCACCAACCCUGGCCAGCAGGAGUCAAUCAGCAACAGGAGAUGAGAGGUCGUCAGGAAAGGACUUGUCUCUGAGAGCAAGUGGACCCGACGCAUCCCUCCCUGUGGAAAAGAGAAAGCAGAAAAAGAUUAAUAUAGACGAAGCGGAAGAAUUCUUUGAGCUUCUGAGCCGCGCGCAGAGUUGCCGAGCCAACGACCAGAGAGGCCUCCUGUCCAAAGAGGACCUUGUUUUACCCGACUUCCUCCGCCUGGCCCCUCCCUCCUCCGCCGCCGACCUCGCCUGCUCCACCCCCACAGCCCUCAAACAGCCCCAGGGUGCGGGCCGGGAGAACGGGCUAGGCGGGGCCACCCGGGGCCCCCUCAACUCCAACCUCCGCUCCGAGAGCCUGGACUCCUCCCUCAGCUCGGGAAGCAACGGACACUCAGGGGGGCGCCGGGCGCUGUUGCCCCUGCCCCGACACCACCACGGCCCCUUUGGUGGCGGCCUGUCGCCCAUCCCCCGGCCCUCGGAGCCCCGGGCGGGGCUGCUGCUCAGGACGCUGGAGGAGGACACCCAUGCCGACCUGACCCUGGUGGGGGAGGGGGACAUCAGCAGCCCCAACAGCACCCUGCUGCCCCCGUCGCCCGCGCCUCCACCCUCCCUCGAGGUCAGCUUGGCCGAGGCCAACUUCACCCCCCCGUCGCCAUGCUCGCACUCGCAGGCAGGAUGUUGCGAUGGAAAGUCCCCCUCAGAGGGAGGAACAGAUGAAUGCACUCCCAAAAGAGGCCCACAAGAGGCCUACAAGAGGCCCCCGUCCCUGGGAGCCCUGCCUUCGCAGACAGCCACCGAGGUGAUGGACGUGGAGGGAGUUUGUCUGGAGGAGGGGGCAAAACAGAGGCCUGGUCGAGCCCAGGGAGAGGACUCAGAGCUCAGCCUCAGCUUUCAGGGCUAUGCCGCCGAGCUCCGGCAGUGCCAGAGCAAGAUGAAGAACUCCCAGUUGCCCCACAGCGUCCGAAAUCAACCCGAGGGCAAGGACUCCCAGGCGGACAUUUACAAAGCGACCAUCGUCUGAUCCUGGCAGUCCAUUGCCUGCGGUUUCCAUGCUCCAUGUCCUUUGUUGAAAAAGAAAAUCAAAAAAAUGAUGCGGACAUGUCAUUGAAGAAAAAAUGUGAUUAUGAUUUUCACUCCAAACCUAAACUGUCAUGGUGAUAGAUAUUGUGCUUUAGAACAUCAUAUCCUGGUUAAUGUUUAGCUGCUGGUACAAGGUAGUAACGCAUCAGUAAUUCAUUUUUACAAUAGUGACACUUAGUCAACACUUCUCAUGGUGAGUUUGGUCUUUCUGCAGUGACCCAUUCCAUAAACAGUACAGGACAAUUCCUAGAAAGAACUUUAAAGCACCUAGCAUUGCCACUUUAUAGAUUAUUCCAAUACAUUAGUUGUAUUUCUUCUUUUAUUUAAUGGUGAACUAAAUAUGAUGGCUGGUCUGUAAUUUCUAAUGUGGUCUGGCUUCAUGUUUGGUUGUUUAAAUUUCACUCAAUAAAAUCAUGUCUUACUGCAA